AUGCUUCCUCAACGCUCUAUUAUCCGCACUCGAUACCUGACCCCUUUCAAAAUCCUGAUCCUGAUUCUGAUUGACCACUUUAGUCGCAACUUGAUUCCAUUCGAGACAGGGCCAAAGUUGAUCAGCUUGUUACUCGACUACAUUCAGACAUGUGAUACGCGACAAGAUCCUUCACCCGUAGAGAUCGUCAAUGACUUUAAGGGCAUUACAGAGUCUGGGAACUCACAAGAAUGGCUCGAGCCGCUCCAAACGAGUAUCAAGGAGAUGAAUAACCCAGACAAGCUCUUCCAAUUCAUGUAUUCUCUCAUCGAUACGCUUGAAGAAAAGGAACAAAUCGUGCGAUCAUGGGAGCCAGAGGCGAUGAUUAUGGAUAAAUCAAGCAUUCUGGGUUUCUUUGUUCGACGUUGCCGACUCGAGUUUCUCAAUGCAUCCAUCCUUCAACGAAAUGAGCUCUUUACAGUAUUCCAGCAAUAUGCCAUGACAGCAACCGGCAUCAACACCAAUGACAUUAUGGAUAUUGAUACCAUGGACAACACGUUUAAGCGACCUUAUAUCACGCACAAGACAUCCAAACAAAAGCAUGAAACCAAUGGAGGAUGGUGGAUUUCAGAGCAUUAUGUGGACAAGUUUUUAACAACAGAAGCGGAGCGUAUUGAACAAACUCGAACAUGCGACAUAUCUCCUCAAGCAUUGGACAAGUAUCUCAAUUUCCUCCAGACGUAUGCACCUGAUUUGGGCAAGAUCCAUCAAGUGAGAUUUGUCAACUACAUCCGCACAUCAGAAUACGAGGGCGCUGUUGCCAAUCUUCAUCGAUUCUUUGAUUACUGCCUCUUGUACCGGGAAACGCCUAUGUAUCAUUACGCACUCUUGAAUCUUGGUAUUCUUGAAGCAAAGUUUGGUCAUGUGCGACGUGCAGCAGCUGCAUUUGAAGAAGCAUUGAACGUUGCACGAGAAAAUCAAGAUGACAAUUGUCUCGACGAGGUUGUGAGCUGGAAUUUACACAUGAAGAGCAUCGGGUCGACAUUGCUUCAAAAUUUCAAGCAUCGUGUAUCCACAGAUCAAAAUGGUCCCAAUGCUAUCUAUUUGGAAAGUAUGACAAAGCUUACUUAUGCAAGAGAUAUGAUUCGUCGUGGUGAUUCGCCUAUCUCAGUGUUUGAAAUGGUCAACAAGAGCGCCGUACAGAGUUCUAUUGGGAAUGUAAAGUACACAGCGAGAACAAGCUACCUAUUCAAAUCAUGCAUUUGGGAUAUUUAUGGUUUCCGUGCUUUAUCUGAAGCAUACCUGGAUGCAGCCAAGACAACAGAAGAAGGCACCAAAGAGGACACUGAAGAAUUAUACCUACUAGCAGCUAGGAUGCGUGCAUCCAUGGGUGAAUUUGACAAUGCUCUUGAAAUCUUGGAAGAAUACGGCAACACAUACCCUGAUCAAAGCCGAAUGUCAUUAGUCUGGAAGCAGUUACAAUGCCAAAUAAGACAUCAAAAGCAGCGACAAUGCGAAUUCAUAGGGGAACAAUUACCUGAGACACAAGAUCAACAAGACCUAUGGCGAUUUACACAUCCAUCUAUGCCAGAAGAUCAUAUUGCCGCCUUGCAUGAAUUAGCGCUUGCUCACGCUAGGAGAGAUUGUCCGGAGCAAUAUGGUGUGAUCCUUGAUCAAUGCUAUGCCUCAGUACAAAGAACCGACAACCUUCCUCAAAUCAUUACGCUUAGUAUUGAAAAGGGCCGAUAUCACAUGGAGAAGCAAGAUUAUCAAGGUGCACAAGAAUGGCUUAUCCAAGCAUUGAAUACAGCCAAACGCAUUCGCGAUAUACCCCAAUAUUGUGCAGCAACGAUCCAACUCUGUGAGGCGUGUUUUAUGGCAGAUCGAUCGACGGCGCCUAAUAUCAUGUCUAUGCUCGAUACCAUCAUGCCCAAAGUGCUCACGUUACGAUCACUGCAAUUGCAAUCCGAUCUUUUCCUGGUCUAUGGAGUUGCCUUACGAUGGUGCAGUGGUGGCGAUGAACAAACCGCUGAUACGGCAUCCAACAAUUAUAUUGAAAAAGCUACAGCAGGAUACAAACAACUAGGGAUAGAUGUCAAUGACAAGAACAUUUUGUCCUUAAUAUGA